AUGUCCACGGGCUCCGCCAGCGAGGCGGAGGAGCUGCCCGAGAUGGACCUGCGGGCGCUGCAGCUGGAAUACCCGCCGCCGCCGGCCAAGCGCCAGCCCCGCGGCGAGCUCUACCCCUCGGGGGACAACUCCUCGGCGGCGGAGGAGGAGGAAGAGGAGGAAGAAGAGGAGGAAGAGGACGGCGAGGGCAGCUGCGCGGCGGGGCCGGCGGGCGGCGGCUGCAAGAGGAAACGGGCGCGGGGCGGCGGCCCCGGGGGCAAGAAGGCGGCGUCGGGGCCGCGGGGGCCGCCGCCCGAGGGGAAGCAGUCCCAGCGCAACGCGGCCAACGCGCGGGAGCGGGCGCGGAUGCGGGUGCUGAGCAAGGCGUUCUCCCGGCUGAAGACGAGCCUGCCCUGGGUGCCGCCCGACACCAAGCUCUCCAAGCUGGACACGCUGCGCCUGGCGUCCAGCUACAUCGCCCACCUCCGGCAGCUCCUGCAGGAGGACCGCUACGAGAACGGCUACGUCCAUCCCGUCAACCUGACUUGGCCGUUUGUGGUUUCAGGAAGACCUGACUCUGACACCAAAGAAGUUUCUACUGCCAGCAGAUUAUGUGGAACUACUGCAUAGUCAGACUAAAUUGAAGAUUUCUUAUUGUUGAUCUUUUUUUUUUCUUUUAAUGGGUUGGAUAUUUUUAAGAGCUGUGAUUUAUCAGCUCAGGACUAGAAGAUGGAGCAAACUCCCAUCUCUAACAGUGUUAAAUCUGUAUCCCUCAUCAUUCUUUCCCCUUAAUAUUCUGAGGGCAGAUUAUUUAAAGCAGUAAAGAAUGGAGGUGGUUGAAGUUAGAGGUUUUAUGAACUGACUGCAGCAGCUGAAGUCUAAGACUUGGCUUCAUCAUUCUUACCACUGCCUGAGGACCUGCUGUUCUGAGGCUUUUAAACUAAUGGAAGAGGAAUAUAAUGAUAUAGAAUUAACAGCAUGGACCAAAAUACAAUUCUACAAACUAACCCCAAACAGUGUUAUUUCUAUUGUAAAGCAAAACAGUAUUUUAAAGUAGCUUUGAAAGUCAGAUAGAUUUAUAAUAUAUUUUGAUGGCUUUUGUAUUCAUGGGUCUGGUUUAUUGCAACGAUGCAAUUAGUCAUACUUUUUUCUUUUGGUCCCUUUGAUCAGAGUUUUCUUAAAAAUGUGUAAGUGGACACAUUCUGCUACAAUCCAUUGGAAUUAAAGUAAUUCCUUUGGUUAUGUCUUGAAAGGCCACAUGUAAGAAUGUGGGACUGCCCUAGAAAUGUGGCAGAGUUUCUGUGCCUUAAUCUGGAAGGGAAUUCUGCUUACUGUAAGGCCAGUGUGCAUGUGUUUUAAAGAAUGUGUUCGUAUGAUGCUGCAAAAUAACAAGAAUUCAAAGUGUUUUAAAUAUUUUUCCUGUACUGUUAUGCUUAUCAUUGAGAAGUUUACUCUCAAACUAGUUAGUGUGUCAUUUCCGUACAGAUUCAAAUGUUGUAAUAAAAGAGGAUGCCAUCAAAUAAGUUGCAAAUGUAAAUAACUCUAUUUUUUUAUAAAUGACAUU